CGUUCUUUGCGCGUCGGGGAGCUGACCGUUCUAUGAGAAGGUGCUCGACUCUGAUGAGUACGAUAGGUGGUUUAGGGACGCGGGGGCGAGUUUGGACAGAUUGAGGAAGGCGAUUGAAGGUGUGUUUGGAACAGACGUGAGUUUUGAUUGGUCUGGAGAUGCGCUCGCAUCGGAGGCGCGCGAGCCGCGGAUGCCUUCAAAUCAUCCGUGGCGUGGGGUGGUGGAUGCACUGUACGGCGAAAAUUGGGAGAGGGAGCUAAGAGAGUGGAAAGGGAGAUGGGAAGAGGUUUGGAGAAGGUUUAGUAUAUGUGGUAAUGACUCAAAUGCGGAAUGCGGUGAUUCCGAGGAGGAUAUAGGAAGAGCGGUGAGAGAUACGGAAGAGUCCAUUAGGCAUUUAUCUAUAGAGAAUGGAGGAGUUGAAGAGUCUGUGUCAAGCGAGCUUUUAAGAAUUAGAAGUGAGUUGUGUGGUUUUUUGAUUGAUCCUUCUAUUAUUUCGGUUUCGUUUGGAAAACUUCUGAAAUCGACUCGGGUUCGUUUGCACUUAUUCGCCGAAGCUUGUCAUUUCGUUCACUAUAGCAUUGGUCCGAGUUCGCGACGUCGGUUUUGCAUGACGAAGAUGGCCAAAAAUUCGACGCAAUUGAUGGAUCCCAGUUUACUUUUUUUUUUGGUCCCGUCGAGUCGUUUGGUGGUGGAGAGCUUCCAUUUUGACAGGUACAUUUACUUCACCAGCGUGCACCUCAACAUGGUGGCUCGUCAACUGGAGGUUCACAUUGACCCGUCGUGGAUCCAUUGCCGAGAAGCUCGAGAUGGAAGGGGGAACUACCAUGUGACUCUAGUUUCCAAGCCGGCUUUGACGUCUCGAGUCGAUUUGGGUCGAGUGAGUGAUUUGUUCAGGGACCUAGUCGCUUCGAUUCGACCCGACUGGGUGGUCCACGGGCUUGGGAGGGGAGUUGACGAGGAUGGCCGUCCUCGGUGCUACUUUGUUGUUUUGAGCUGGCCCAGCGCUGCGCUGGCGCUCGAGAAGCUGCGCCUGCCCAGUGUGGACUUUCACGUGACGUUGGGAUUCGAAAAGAAGGAUUACCACGGUUGCAGAAAGGACAGGAGCGCGUUGCUUUCUUCUGAUGAGCUGGCCGAACUCAAAGAAAGGCGCAGGAAAUAAA